UUGAAUUUGAGGUGGAUGCGUCAGAACAAGCGUGUGCUGAACUUACCCUGGAAGCCAAGCGUUCGUCGAGCGGAUAAAUCUAAUGCAAUUGACGUGAUGGUAUCAGGCGUACUAGGAUCUGAGAUAUCACAAGAGCAUUGGAGCAAUUAUUUCACCGAAAGUGUCAAUCCUAUUUCAACGGAAGAACGUAAAGAAUGGCUGAGUAAAUUGAACAAUGUGGUUGUAAGCUCAGAUGCAUUCUUUCCUUUCCGUGACAGUAUCGACUGCGCUAAACAGGUUCACGUAACUUAUCGUGAAUCCAGAGAAGUCCCAUAG